AUGGCAAUAAGGGUGAAUGGACUAUGUGAAAAGAUGAGCAAAAUGUAUUCGGGAAACUGCUACGGCAAGCAGUGCGAUGACAAGUGUAAAGAGUGGGAGCACGCAGCCCAUGGAGCUUGUCACUCCCGUGAAGGGAAGACUAAUUGCUACUGCUAUUAUGAGGACUGUGCCAAGGCACCGCCUAGUGGAAAAGACGGUGCAGGUGGUGGUAGUGGCAAAGGGGACGGUGGUGGAAAAGGAGCUGGUGGUGGUAGUGGAAAAGGUGACGAAGGUGGCAAAGGAGCUGGUGGUGGAAGUGGUUCAGGUGGUAGUGGAAAAGGUGAUGGAAAUGGUAAAGGGGAGGGUGGUGGUAGUGGCAAAGGGGAGGGUGGUGGAAGUGGAAAAGGGGACGGUGGUGGCAAAGGAGCUGGUGGAGGAAGUGGAAAAAGUGGUAGUGGAAAAGGUGAUGGAAGUGGUAAAGGAGAUGGUGGUAGUAGUGGAAAAGGUGAUGGAGGUGGCAAAGGAGCGGGUGGUGGAAGUGGUUCAGGUGGUAGUGGAAAAGGUGAUGGAAGUGGUAAAGGAGAUGGUGGUGCCAAAGGCGACAGUGGUGGAAGUGGAAAAGGCAGUGGUGGUGGCAGCGGUGGUGGUGGUGGGGGUAGUAGUGGCAAAGGCGAUGGAGGUGGAAGUGGAAAAGGCGACAGUGGUGGAGGCAGCGGGGCGGGCGGUGGUGGUGGUUCAGGAGGUGGAAGUGGAAGUGGAAGUGGAAAAGGUGACGGUGGUGGGAAAGGAGGCCCUGGUGGAGGAGAUAAUCCGUGUAAGCAUAUUGUUGAUUAGAGGAUAAAGAUUUAAGCCAAUAAAUCCUUGAACAUGGUUAUGAAUAAAGAGAGGAUGCUGUCUGCUUUUUACUAAAUGUAUUCACCGUUACUUCAAAUUGUAACAACUUAGAGCAUUCUCGCAUUUGCAAUGAUACAGACCCAUA